AUGAGUGGAAUUCAAGCACGACCUCCUCUUUUAUCAUUAAAAGUACGACGAACUGUUGAUACUAUUCUCUCAAUGAAUCCAGAAGAGCAAAAGGAAAGAGAAUCUUCGAAUACUCCAGUUUCUAAAGUCAAAGAUAAAAAGCAACAAACUUCUCUUGAUCAUUCUUCGGAAAUAGAAAAAAUUUCAGGAAUUCUUGAACAACAAUCAUUUUACUUUGUAGCUUUUCGCAACCAAAUUCAAGAUGCACAAAGGGAUCAAGCAAAAAUCAUGCAAAAAUUUCACGAAACUGCUCAGGAUAUUGACAAACGAAUGAACAAAAUGAAAGAAAUGCUAAUGAAAAAAGUUGUCGAUUUAAACAAACGUGUAUCAUCAAUCUCGAGAAAUCUUGCUUUGAAACCGACUUUCCGUAAGAUGUUACCUCAAAAUAAUUACGGCAGAAUUACUGGCAUAUCAGUAUGUGGAGAAACAUUACUUUGCACCUCAGCUGACGGUUGGCUACUUAGGAUUGAUCGUCAUGAACUCAACAUUAAACAUACAACAAGAUAUUCCACAACAGAAGCACUCUUUCAACCUACAUUAUUCUCUCAUGGAAAUAUAUGGGUUGAAUUAGCCCUGACCUCUACAAGAAAUUUGCUUAUCCGAAUGCAAACAAGCCCAGAUUUAGAGAGAUGUUCUCCUCUUCUCAUAGAAAGUUACGCAGUUAAUACAGAUCCUCACACCAGGGAUGCUUUUGAAGUAAUUCUCGGAGAAAACUCGCAAAUAGAGUUCUGCUCUAUUGCUCCUGAUGCUUCUCCUAAACUUCAGGUUGUUUCAACAACCAAAAAGAUUCGUGGAACUGUUACAAGUAUUGUUGUUGACCAAAAUAUCGAUGCUAUUUUUGCCAUUACUUCAAGGAGAACAUUAUACUGCAUUUCUGCCACAAAUUAUCAAAUCGUUCUAUCAGAAUUAUUUGACAAACCAAUUAUGCAACUUUUUACCACUCAAUGUUUCAUUAUUCUCUCAAUAGCUCCAAAUGAUAUCAUAUUACUGGAGAAAAACAGAGAAAAAGCUAAUAAAUUAUUCCAGAUUAAUAUUUCUGCAGGACUUCGAAGGUUCUUUGCUGCAGAAAAUGAUAUACUGAUAAUCAAAAAAGACCAGCAAAUUGAGAGAAGAAGGCUUUGCAAUGUUGAAAUUUCAGAACCAAUUUGCGAAGCUGAUGCUGCUGAUUUCAACGAAGAAGAAUAUAUAGGUCUGAUUAUAGAAUAUGAAAGGCAAAUAUAUUUAACUCAUGGAAAUCGAAUUUCAUAUUGGACAUAA